UUAAGUCUGGCACCGGGAGAGGUUGCCGGACGGAGCGGAGGAAGGGUACCGCCGCUCGCCCGACCGCUGAUGACGGCCAACCUGGAGCCCGACUGAGUCGGUCCGGAGGCCUCCCCCCCCGUCCCACGACAGACGAGGAAGAUGGUGAAGAUUUUCGUGGGCAACCUGCCGGGCUCGUGCCCGGCGGCCGACCUGCGCGUCCUGUUCGAGGCCUACGGCCUGGUGAACGAGUGCGACGUGCUGGGCGGCUACGCGUUCGUGCACAUGGAGAAGGAGGCGGAGGCCAAGCGCGCCAUCUUGGAGCUGCGGGGCCGCCUGGUGCGGGGCUCGCCGCUGACGGUGGAGCUGGCGACGGCGCGCCUGCGGAACGCCACCAAGCUGUACGUGGGCAACGUGGCGGAGGCGGCCAGCACCCGGGAGCUGCAGGCGCUGUUCGAGCGCCACGGCCGCGUGGUCGAGUGCGACAUCGUCAAGAACUACGCCUUCGUGCACAUGGAGAAGGAGCGGCAGGCGCUGGACGCCAUCCGCGCCCUCAGCGGCACCGAGCUGGCCGGCCAGCGCAUCUACGUGCAGCUCUCCAAGUCCAACCCGGCGCGGGGCCCCGCCGCGGCGCCCGGCCUCCCUCCCGCCGCCUUCCUGCCCCCCGGCGCUCCUCCCCCCAUGCCACCCCCGCCUCCCCCUCCUUACCUGAGGGGUGCCCACCUCCGGUGCGGCCAGGACGGUGGCCACCUCAGCAACGGUUACAGCAGCAAGAUUUGGGGCUACUGAGUAUUCUUGUUUGUGGGGGUGGCGGUGGUAAUAGGGGAAGGGGUACAUAGAGAAGGGGGGCGACCCAGGGUAAGCGUGCCCUGCAACCUGGGAGGGUACUGAAGGGGUAAUGGGCACCACAGGCGCUCCCGAUUGCAUCCACCUCCGCCCUCCCAUUUACAAGAUGAGCUGCUACAGCCCAGAGCCAGGGAUGUCUACACCCCUCUCUGGAAUGUUGCUGGCCUACACUUGUCAGGGCUAACAGGAGAAGUCAAGUUGAAUAUGAGUUUUGUGAGAGACUGAGUACUGGCUGUACUCGGCCAAGCCUGUGGUUGAGCAAUCCAUGGCACGAAAGACCUCAAGUUUUGUGUUUUGGCAGCGAGUGCUGGAUCAUUCCAAGUGCACUCGCUACUUGAGAGUGACCCUUUUUAAGCCAACAGGACUUCAAGCUUUGAGGUUUUUGGAUUAUCUAGCACCUUGGGUAGUUCCCUCUUGGUGUCUCUCCACUGCAAUUGGCUUUUUUGCAAAUGAGCAGCCUUUUCUCUGACUAUGUAUUGUGAAAUUUGACAUUCUUGUGUGUUGUCCUGAUGAGUGUUUUGUUUCAACACUAGCAUGGGCCGCUCCCCUUUCCUCAGCUACCACCAUCAAUGCCCUCUGUCGGUCAGCUUUGAGUGCUGUGGGUAAAGUUAUCCCCAUUUGUGUGUUUUUAAAAGGGGUGGAUCCUUGCAUUAACCAUGGCGUUUGACCUAGCACUUGUGUGCAAAGCAAGCCAGAGUGCCUCUGUGAACAUUUAAUCCUCUUUAUCUCUCUUUUUGUUUCAAGAGGUGCUGCAGUUGCAGACGGGCAACGGAAGACUUGAGCCGUGGAAGUUUGACCUUUCAUCACGAACCCACCCCCUUGCCCCCUCCCUUGGUGAUGGUGCACAUCUUUCAGAUUAGGACAUGGGAGUGGGGCAAGGUGGGCAGGCCGGCAGUGGGGUGUUAGUGAAACACAGUUGUGAUGUAGCUGGGGUGUCCGGAGCUCUGUCAGUUUGCAGCACUCCCUUAUUUUGCACCUGUCUCUGGUUUGUGUUCCUCUGCUCCUUUCUGCUUUCCCCAAAUCCAGCUCACCGGGGGUUGACCGAAACAGUCCGCAUUCGGGCCGGCGUUAGUAAUUGAAGCCUCGUCCGUGUAAAGUUAACCGGGUUUGGACUGGCAUCGGAGGGGGUGAAACUGUGACCGAACCCACAUUGGCCGCCGAAUGGCUUUUCCGUCUUUAAAAGGACCGCCGCUGUAGAUUUGCCUUGCCCGUGGCGUGUGAACUGUAUCUUGUUGCAUUGUUUAUCGCAGUGGGUUGGGGUUGGGUGGGUGGGAGAGAAACGGGCGCCGCUCAAUUUGAUGUGUAGAUUAUUGGAGAGCAAACCAUUUUGUAAAGUGCCGACAAGUUGUAAUAGCAUUUGCUUUUAUUCGGACGUCACUUUCUUUUUUUAAGAAAAAAAAUCGGCUAGCGCAUGAAGACGGUGUAGAAACCAAUGUAAUCGCCUCUGUACUUGUCGUUUCCUAUUCGACCUUGUGUGAAUAAAACUUGUGACGGCU